AUGCGGCAUUGCCUAUUGGUACGCGUUAGAAGCGUUUUGCCGUCGACGCUGCAUGUUGGCAAGGGCGCCUUGCCUUCUCACCCACCGGCUGCACCACCGAAGGUGGACACCAAUGCGGAGGCGUACCGGCGUAUGGCGCAUGAACUCACACUCCUCUCGGCAGAUGAAUUCAGCCGUCGCCUUUAUCGCUUUAGUAAGACAAAUUUUGACCAGAGCCAAACUGGUGCGGUACACGCGCAUGUUACAGAGCUGAUGUGCAGACGUCUGCGGGAGGUGAGCAACAAGUGCAUUCGCGAGUAUGCCCACCUUGCACAUGCGGCGAAGCUCCAUGAGCUUUGUCUAGAGGUGUAUUACGCCCGUGCGGCUCUCAUGGCGGCCAGUGCUGCGACGGACGGCGACGACGUGGCUGCUGGAGGGUUUGUUGUGUCCGACGCGGUUGUGGAUAGCGCGUACAGUCUCGCUCGUACUGCCGAUCUCCGCCGUCUGGCCUCACAUUGCGUAAAGCACCUGCAGCAGGUGCCAUCCAUGGGCUGGGAAGUCAUGAGUGCCUUCUCUUUGGUCCGCGCAUUCUGGCGAUGCGUCUGCAUUGCCACAAACCACAGCAGCACACACACCGUGGAGGGGAAGCAGGCCAUUCAGGAUGCAGCCUAUAUAUACGACGAGUGCAUAACAGCAGUAUACCCCGGUCCGUGCCAGGAGCUAAUGGCGCAGGAUGCCGUACGCAUUGUCCAGCGCUUUGUGCAGUAUGCCUCGUGUGGCGACGAGGGUGAGAUGCUCUUCUUUCAUUUCUGCCUCCAAAGAGGAUUCCUUCGCAAGCCACGCGACACUGUGCGACAGGACGAUGGAAGUGGUACAUUGAGCACUAUCGUCAGCAACGGCAGUGCAGGUAACGGCGCUGAAGGGAAUGUAGUCUCGGAGGAACAGUGGUUCUACGCGAGUCUUAUUGCGACGUGCCGUGUGGGACAGCAUGUAGAUGUGGCGCUUCGGUACUUUGACGACAUCUGCACGUUUCUUGGAAUCGAACAGGUAAGCAGUGGCGAUCUUUUGCGUCCACGGGCGCGAAGGAUACAGGAUGGCACCCACACAGCCGAACAAGCCGGGGAAACAAAAGCGGCAAAUUCAAGGUCAGUGGAGCAGGUCUCGGAGUUUCUCAUCUUCCAGCUACUGACUGUACUACAAAACGCGAAGGAAAACGGGAAGAUGGUCUUCAUAGCACGUGCAAUGCUGCGUGACGGGGCACAGCUAGGCAUCGGUGUCUGGAGCAUUGUCCUCAUCGCGGCAGGCGAGACACGAGCCGUUGACUUGGCUCUAGCGGCCUUCGCGCAGGCCAGACACGCGCUGGUAGAAAGUGCCCAAACCGUAGACCGCCGCGGGAAUGAGUACCUCCUGCAGACCUCAAUUCACGCCUUGUCUAAAUGUCAGGUUCCUCGUUUUGAGGAAGACUACCUUCGGCCCUGUCAGGAACAAAGCCUCAUGCACUGCACCAACGAGUUUUACUUCUGCGUUCUUCUUCAGCACGCCCACAAUUCAACAGACCCUGCCGCCGGUGCGGAGGAAGUCCUUCAUGCAAUAAAGGAGAAAGGAACACCUUUUACCACCCGCAUUGUGUCUCGACUAAUGAAGAUAUACCUUCGCGUGGAAUCGCCGAAACUGCUAGAAUUGUAUCAGCACGCCACACAACGCCUUGGCCUCUUCAAAUCGUCGUGGCUCGAUGAACUGUUACUGUGGGCUGAUCGUCGCCGCUACGAUCUCACACAGGAGCAGCGCAAGUACAUUCUUGACGAAGUUCAGCGCGUCCACGGCACAAAGGGUGCGGAAGGUGACAUUGGCGGGCUGCGCACACAAUACGCGCUCUUGCGAUACGAUUACGAGCACGAUCCACUCAAUGCUUUUUCGCAAACCUCUCAGCCACAAGUAGCAGAGCCGACCAUGAUGGACUCCCGUGUUCACUUUCUCAUCAAAAAGCCUCACUGCGUCAACCACUACGCAGCGGAACAGCGCAGAAACAAUGCUGUUGCCAGCUGUGCCCUCGUCGGCGACCCGGAAAGAAGGCAGAGGGUAGUGCGCUCUGCACUUCUCGCAAACGAGGGUGUCACAGUGGCAAGCGGAGACGUACGACCUGAAGAAUUUAGAGUCUACAUGGGAUCAUUAAUUGAAGCAUUGCAGCGUACAAACAACUGUAUCAGUUGA